AUGGCGGAACAACGAACUAUUCACCAGCCGAUUCACCCCUCCGUCCGUGCCCAGCUGGACCCGGAGUACGUCGCCCUGCAUGACUCCAUCAUCCAGUACAUGGAGCCCUCCGAGGCCCAGCCCUGGGACCCCGCCUCGCGCCACAGACCCAACCCCCUGGCGCACACGACGCAGAAGCUGUCGCCCGUGGGCAAGACGUGGGACGAGGAGCUCGGCGGUGGCGUCCAGGCGCGCGUGUUCGUGCCCGAGGGUGAGGCGCCCCCUGGAGGGUGGCCCUGCUUGGUCUGGCUUCACGGCGGCGGCUGGGUGAACGGUGGUUUGGACAGCGAGAAUGGCUUCUUGACACACGUUUGCAAAUGCUGGAUAGAUGUCCGAUGCGUGGUCGUCACCGUCAACUACCGCCACGCCCCUGAGCACGUCUAUCCCGCCGCCGUAGACGACUGCCUCGCCGGUCUGAAGUGGAUCCUCGAGCCGACGCAAGCGUCCCGGCUCAACAUCAACACAAGCCUCGUCACAAUCGGAGGCGUCUCAGCAGGCGGCAACCUCGCCGCGAUCCUCACCAUGAAAGCCUCCCUCGCGAACAUCACGCCCGCGCCCAUUUCCCAGCUCCUCAUCUGCCCCGUCAUCGACAGCACCGCCACCGCGGAGACGGGCUGGGCCACUUCCAAGCACGUCCCCUGGCUGACGCCCGGCCGUAUGGCGUGGUACCAGAACCUCUACUUCUCGCGCCCCGAGGACAAGACGCAGUGGGAGGCCUCGCCGUGCUUCGCUCCUAAAGAGGUCCUCGCCCGCAGCCCCAGGACGUGGCUUGCCGUCGCCGAGGUGGACCUGCUCACGCCCGAGGGCCUCAAGUAUGCAGAGCAGUUGAAGGAUGCUGGGGUGGAAGUUCAGACGGAGGUAUACAAGGGCGCGACGCACUCUGUUCUUGUGCUUGCCGGGUUAGUAUCCUCCAACUCCAGUGCUUUCGACUACAGUUUCUCUGACCUUCAGAUUAGUGUCCAUCAGAUCAGCAGGAAGAUAGUUCACGACGCCUGCGCCGUGCUUGCAGAGGGUUUUGGUUCAACAUAUGAUCCUGCCUCUGCCCCUAUCUUGUCCCAGCAGGAGUAG